UUUUAAUUAUUGUGGUUGUAUGGCUUUGUCUGAUGUGUGCCACUUGGUUGCGCUAUAUUACAGACAUAGAUGGAAAUAGUCACAAGUCGUCCAAAAACUGGAGUAAUAGUUGUUUUUUGCAGAGGAUAAAGAAUAUAUGCUUGUGAGCACUCUUGCAUUGUCUGUCUACAUGUGUUGCUCCACUGUUUGUUUUCAAACAUUUUUUUCCAGAAGGUUUAAGCAAAGCUUUGUGGUUGAUACUGCGAUUUUAUGCUCAUUGCUCAUCUCACGCUUAAACAUGCAUUGAAGAAUUCCACUUGUCUUGACAUAGAGAUAAUGGGAGCAGAAGAAACGCCCUUGAUAGGAUCACUCAACCACUCCCUCCAUCUGUCCAUAUACAAUAUCGUAAUGCGCAGCGUGUAGCCUUAACUAGGACAUGGCAGCAACAUGGUUUCAUCUUUCCAUCUCUGCUAGUGACACACACGCAAGCUAACCCAAGACUGGAAAGUGAAACAGAUUGUGUUUAUAGCCAAGGAGCUGCAGUCACUUACGCAGCCUAUAAAAACCUCCUGGUCCUGCAGUGUCAUCGAAUUCUGUAGCGGCAAAGCAAAACAAUUGCUCUCCCGUUCUUAUUCUCACUUAAAGAAAAAGCCUAUUUGGAUCUUGUUAGUUAUUGCAAAAACAACUCCGCCACUGAUUGAUUGCAUGUGUUAUGUAAUCUGUUAUCUCCAGACAGUAGAGAAUUGGAGAAUGUCAGUAUAUUCUUACGUCUUUGUGUCUCAUUGAAGACAUAGCAGGCAGUUGGUUGGCUAAAGGUUGCUUACAAAAGAAGUUGGGGAGGUCAAAGUGGAUAAAAUGUUUUCUCUUGUAAUGUGAUAUUUUCAUUUUCUGGUUUUCAUGAGACGAUAGCACGACACAAUUGCUUGCUCUUGUGUUAUAUUUUAUUUGACUAUACAUAAUUUAUGUACCAACAGGCUCACCACAUAUUAGCUGGUUGCUAGCAGGUAGUCAAAUUAAUUCGAUUUUAUUUUCCAAAUAAUAUUUCUGAUGUCCACACAGCCUGAUAUAGAAUGUUUCGUCAUUUACUUCUUACAUGCCAUAACCAAAAUGAAUUGCACUGUAAUGCUAUUUAGGGAAUGCAUGUCUGUGCAAUAACUGUGACCAGUGUUGCUUGCCAGGUAAAGCCUGUUUGAGGAAGCAAGAGCUCCCCCUUCUUGUCUGUCUGACACAUAAACCCCCAACCGGUUCUUUAUCAUUAUUAUUAUGAUUUGACUAUAGGAAACAUAUUUCACAUGCUUUACUAGACUCUGUAAUUUAUUUAAAUAUACCCCACUAAUUAGUCGUGCAUUGUUCAAAGCAAUGUGGGUUUCCUUAACUACACAAGAGAGGAAGAAAAGGAGCAAAAAAACACUACAAUGAUGCUUGUUUUGUUUUUCAACAAAAAGGUUACGCAGAGGCUAAAGACUGCAAUAACAAAGUGGCUAAUUAGCCGAUGGGUAAAACUGAGUGCAUUGUAUUGCGGGCCGUGUAGUAAUGACAUUGGCCGAUUUCACAAUCGUGAAAUCGUGUUUGAAUGUAUAGAUUCCCUCACGGUGCCCUCAAUGUAUCCCACUACCAGUGUGUGUGUGAGUGUGUGUCUGUGUGUGUGCUGUAUACAUCUUCUUGUAUCUAAACUGAGAACGUUUGUGAUGACUCCAUAUUGAUAUCUUUUGCCACUUUAUUGUUUUCCUUGUCCGCUUGAUGAUCUUGCUUCCUUUGUAAUCGAUCCAAAUUUGAUGAAACAGCUGUAAAUCUAAAUGGUCCUAUAAGUGGCAAUUAGUGGGGACAUUUGAAAAGUUAAUAAUCAAUACAAUCAAAGCCCAAUUUGUUGUUCGACGUGUAGGAGGCAGCGGGCAGGGCCAGGCUUCGCGAUACACACACCAAUGCAAAUGUACAGAGGACACUCAGUAAUAGCUAAUUUAUAUACACAGUGCUGUGCAGGCAUCCUAUUACCAUAGCGCCUGAGGCUGCAAUCACUCUCCUCGAGCCCGGCUCCACGUCGCUCUGCCCCGGCUCACUCAGGCACGGAGCUGAGCGGCGAUUGAUUACUUUGCUGGGAUUCAAAAAGCCUUUUCUCUGCCAAAAGCAGGCUGAGGCUGGCGUGUGCCGACGAGGGCUCGGAGCCAGCCAGAGAGCGAGGGUGGGGUGGGCUUGACGGGCAAACCCACACGCCAAUGACAGAUUCUGCAGGAGCGAGGUGCAGGGGGGGGAGUGGGCGGGCGCGGAUCUCCAGUUGAGUAGUAGGGGGACUGGGCGGGUGGCUGGGAGACAAGGGAGGGGGGUGGGAGGCUGGCUGCGCUCGCAUCCGAGCUCAUCAUUCUGCUCUCAGCAUCUGUGGAAGAAGGCGAUGCCCGCCGCCGCCGCCGCACACCUCCGCUAAGCCGCUCGCCACUGAGGAGAGGAAGAGGAAGCUGAGGACAGAAUCGUAAGCGGAAAGUCUCUCGCCGCAAACUAAAAGCUCAGAUUGUGUCGCUUCUCUCGGCGGAAGCGUUUGUCGUGUGUGGGGGAAUAAGAAGAGAAUACAGCAGAGAGAGAGAGAGUGAGCGAAAAGAGAGAAAGAUCUUGAGACAACCACCGGCGUCUCCCAAAUGGAGUGGAAUGGGUUUAAGAUGGGGUCGACAGAGACACAGUGGCGUCAGGCAGAGCUCCCGCAGCUCCAGGGCUGGGCAGAGAAGGGAUUGCUGACACAGCCAAAGAUGAUCAUCAGUAACAUGGAGGCUCCGGUGACAAACGGACCAAGCGGAGGAGGCACCACAGCCAACGGGCCAACCACCAACAGCCGCGGCUGCCCCUCGCCCAUGCAAACCGGGCCAACAAACGACGACAGCAAGACCAACCUCAUUGUCAACUACCUGCCACAAAACAUGACCCAGGAGGAGUUCCGCAGUCUCUUCGGUAGCAUCGGAGAAAUCGAAUCCUGCAAAUUGGUUCGCGACAAGAUCACAGGUCAGAGUCUGGGCUACGGCUUUGUCAACUACAUCGAUCCAAAAGACGCGGAGAAAGCCAUCAACACGUUAAACGGACUCCGACUUCAGACCAAAACGAUCAAGGUCUCGUACGCGCGACCCAGCUCGGCUUCGAUCCGUGACGCCAACUUGUACGUGAGCGGCCUGCCCAAGACCAUGACCCAGAAAGAACUGGAGCAGCUCUUCUCGCAGUACGGACGCAUCAUCACCAGUCGCAUCCUUGUCGACCAGGUCACAGGCCCCACAGGCGGCUCCCGAGGCGUGGGCUUCAUCCGCUUUGAUAAGAGGAUAGAGGCUGAGGAGGCCAUCAAAGGUCUCAACGGACAGAAGCCAUCGGGCGCGGCUGAGCCCAUCACGGUCAAGUUCGCCAACAAUCCCAGCCAGAAGACCAGCCAGGCCCUCCUGUCGCAACUCUACCAGUCCCCCAACCGCCGAUACCCCGGGCCCCUCCACCACCAGGCUCAGAGGUUCAGGCUGGACAAUUUGCUUAAUAUGGCCUAUGGCGUAAAGAGGUUUUCACCCAUCACGAUCGACAGCAUGACCAGCCUGGUGGGCAUGAACAUCCCCGGGCACACCGGCACGGGUUGGUGCAUCUUCGUCUACAACCUGUCCCCAGAUUCGGACGAGAGCGUGCUGUGGCAGCUCUUCGGGCCCUUCGGCGCCGUCAACAACGUCAAGGUGAUCCGUGACUUCAACACCAACAAGUGCAAAGGGUUCGGCUUCGUCACCAUGACAAAUUACGACGAAGCGGCCAUGGCCAUCGCCAGUCUCAACGGUUACAGGUUGGGCGACCGCGUCUUGCAAGUCUCCUUCAAGACUAACAAGACCCACAAGUCCUGAACUCGAACAAGGUAGAAGCAGGUGCCCCGCGGGCUCCGAAAUGGCCGCCCCCACCACCACCCCCUCACCUCCACCACUCCCUUUAGCCCCUCCAGUCACGACCACCACCCUCCUCCAGGCAUCCAGCACAGCAAAACUGGAACAUAAAGCAACCAUCCAACCCAAUUGAACUCAAAAUGGCUUAUAUCAUAACUUUGGACCUAUAAGCCAACGUUGCCUAAGUAUUACAAAAAUGAAGAAAAUGUUCAUGCAUUUUGGGAAGUUCUCUUUGUUGUAUACUCUUUCUGUUUGUUCUGAUUGCUAAAAUGAGUUUUCUCUCCUAUGUAAACAGUAGCACCCCCCAACCCCCCACCCCACCCCCUCCAAUUUUAGAGAAGAGAAUAUCCUUUUUAGACCAAUGUCUCGAUUCAGGAUUAGCGUUUCUUUUGUAUAUCCGGACCCACUGUUGUUAGUAUCCUGAACCUCCCAGUCACUGCAGGGAGGGGGCUCUUUUUUAACAAUUGGUGACCCAUUCAUUCAUUUAUAGUCAUAUUUAAAAGUCCCCUUUAUGAUUCGAGACGGGAUUUCAUACUCCCGCCGAGUCUGAUAUAGUAGUACUAAAAAAAAAAAAAAAACAAGACUUUCUAACAUUGUUUUUGUUUUGUAUCGCAAACAAAACAUGUCUUUCUUCACAGGGAGAUGGGGUGCGGGUGUGGGGGUGGGGGGGAUGGGUUAGCUUUCCUGAUGACACAUUAAGUAAUUUAAGAAAAAAAAAAAAAGAAAGAACACUGUUGCCAAAGAGAUGAUCUCUUUGCUUGGAAAAAAAAAUGUGUUUAGAAAAAAAAAGAUUACAAAUAAAUAGAAAGAAGAAUCUAUUUUUAUAAAUGAUAAUUAAAAUAAUAAUUAUUGAGAAAUUUUUACAAGAAUCUGGAUUUGAAAAAAGAGAAAAAUAUUUUGACUGGCUAACUGGGAGGGGAGGGGGGGGGCACCACCUUGUCUUGUCGUUCCGCCGCGGUACUUUCUAGGCCCAGCGCUCGUUGUUUUCCGAGGAAGCCACGUUGGCGACGGCCAUUUUCUAGAAGGAAAAAGGAAACCAAGGCGGGUGAUUUUGGUAAUUUUUCACACAUGUACUAGUGCGUAAUUAUUCAAUACCCACAAGGGGAAGGGAGAGGGUAACCAUCCUUAUCGUCCAGAGCCCAAAGCAAGAAGACGCUUUGUCCGCUUCUUUUCCUGUUCUCGAUCCAUCCGGGGUAAUCGGUAAUCGCAUAUAUGCACCUCGAUCCAUUUCCAACGCAUACGCGAUAUUGUUUCUCUUUGCUCUGCAUUUGUGUGCAAACUUCUGUUUAGCGAUCAACAGUAGGUGCUAUACCACAUUAUUCACAUAUCUUAAAUAUCCCAGUUGGUUGUUCUAUGUGUUGUUUCAAAAAAGAAAAAUACUUUGUUGAUGUUGGCAUUGAAUUGAGCUUAUUUGUUUAUCGUUGGCCCAAAUAGUCUGGUGAGACUAUUUUGUUGCAGAAAAACCAGAUCAACACAUUUGGGUUGUGUAAAAAAAAAGUCUAUAUAUAUCUAUAUAUAUAUAUAUAUAUAUAUAAAAAAAUAAGAAAAAAAAUCACUGAACAAAUUUUAUUUAUCUAUUUAUUUUGCUUUGUUUGUUUGGCUUGUUGGCUUUUGCGUUACUUGCUGAGCGUGGAGCUUUUUUGUCCAAACUUAACAAUGAUUCUUAGCUAGUUCCUUUAGUCUAGAUAUUUGUUUCCUGAAAAGGCGAUCUAUGACUACUGUGUCUUUCUUUGCUCUGUACAAAUAGAUGAUCUAUCUAUAUAUAUAUAUCUAUAUAUACAUAGUCUACUUUUGUUUUACAAUAUCUACUGUACUAUCUGAGUUGUCACUGUUCUUUAGUUGGAGCUUGUCUUUUUCAUAUGGCAACUUAUCAUGAAGUGGUGGUUCAGUUACUUAGAAAAACUUGUGAGGAAACUGUUCAAUUGUCGUCAUGUUGCUUGUGGAGAUAAAAAAAAAAAAAAAAAGAGGUUUGGAUUAACUUUACGUUCCUACCGCGGCAAAACGAAACCGAACAAAAAGCUUUGAAUAUAAGUGUAUUUGGAUUUACUUCUCUAUUUUUGUUCAACUAUUUAUUUUUCUAUUUAUUUCUAUUUAUUGUGUAUUUAUGAACCGUUUAAUUUAUCUGUGUAUUUAUGUAUUUAUUUGUUUCAUUGUCUGUGUAUUUGCGUGAUUCUGGUACAGGGAGGGGGGGCGUUUCUGAGCAAAAGGGAACAAAGCGACUAGUGGAGAAGCUCUUCCAGUAGUCCACUGCACUGAGAGAACUUUUAGUACGUUUGUGCUUUGUACCAAUAUAUCAAAAUGACCAUAUAAAAAAAAAAAAUCUAAAAGUCAGGAAAACUAAAAAAAAAAAAAAAAAAGUGUCUGGAGGGCCAGGGAACGCUCUUCCCUUAUUACUAGAAACAGUUACUCGCUAUGCAUAACCUAGUUAUUAAUAGUUCAAUUUGCUCUUGCUUUUUUCUUGUCUUGUUCAAAAUGAAAUCUUUAGAUCUUUUCCAAUGAAGUUUAGUCUUAUUAGAAUGUUAUAAACAGUCGUUCUGGUUCAAUAUAACCUGUGAUAAGUUUGUGUCGUUCUCUAAAGCCACUCCGUCCACACCCUCCCUCCACUUACUACCGCUUUGUGAUGAAACCUUUAUGCAAAACUGUACGUCUGAAAGCAUACGUCUACGUAGUUACUGUAACGGAGGCUCGGGCGUGUCGACGUUUCAACGCCCGCUCUUGUUUGAGGGUCGACUCAAUUGGUUUUCAAGACUUCUUUUAAAAAUUGCAUCCUGACAAAUGUUUGGGAAAAAAACAAAAAACGACCGAAGAAGUACUCUGGAGGGAUGAAAAGGGAUUGUACCGAUUCUAUAUUUUAUAUACUCUAAUAUGAUAUAUAUUAUAUAUUUUGAAAGGUAAAAUGUAAGGGUUCCAGACGUAUGAAUAUACAGAAUUGGAUUCUUUUGUUCAAAAACGUGAAGGAGUCAUGCGUGUGUGUUUGGAGAGUAACGUGCACACACGCUUCUCAGUCAUGUGACAUCAUUACCAUAUGAGCCCGUCAUACACACGAGCAGACCCCUUCAUGCCCCUCGACGCCGUAAAGGGCUCGUGGGGGGCUUGGAUUUAUGCAACGACCCCGGUAGAAUGUUGUUCUGAUGUGUCAGUUUCCUACACUGUGUGACCUCCUAUGACGCGUGCCUGUGUUCUGCCUGUUUGUGUGUUUGGGUGUGUUUGUAUACACCAACCAGCCACAUUAUGACUCGACCUAAUUUGACGAGAGCCGAUACGAGAGCUGUAUCACAUAUUUUGCAAAGACGACAAUGCUUACUAUUCACAAAUUCACCUAGUCCUGAUUUUUGUCCGUUUAAAAUAAAAGUAGUACUUUGGCACCACCCUGUGGCAAAUCACCAUUUUAAAGUUAAUUUUAAACUUCAUUUUGUCCGGCCAUAGCGCCGUCUAAUAGAUACCUAGUGCUUUGCCGCCAUCCCGUGGCAUCUUGGCGGCAAUGAACUAUGUUGAAGCGAGGAGCUAGAGCUUCAUUUCGAUUGGCCGUCGCUCUGUGUGAUACAAAACAAGUGCUUUGGCGCCAUCCUGUUUUAUCUUGGUACCAAGGAACUAUAAUGGGAGGAGCUUUUUGUCAGGCCAUAGCCCUGUCGAACUAAAAGUAGUGCUUUGCCGCUAUCUUGUCGCAGCUACAGACUAUUCUGUUUUGAAAUUCAACAUUAUUAACGUUAUUAUGAUGAAUACGUGAUACAGCUCCUGUAUUUGAUAUCACUCUACCGUGCUAGUGUUCCUAAUCAUGUGGCUGUAAAAUAUGUGAGUGUGUUGUUGUGCGCAAGUCAUGGGGCUGCGUCCCCCUCGCGCCAUGUCUCACCCCAGUGGCUCCCACCACCAUCCUCGUAGCGCCUUAUAGUCGGUGAGUGGCAGGCUGCCGGUAGGAGCAAGGCAGCCAGUAGUGGAGGAGGGAAGGUGAACAGAGGAACUCGGCUCUUCUUCUUCUACUUCUUGUCAGUUUUCUUUUUUUCCCCCCUCCUGAGACGUGUUUGUUUACUAUCUGAUUAAAAAAAAAAAAUCUAUAAAACAAAAUCCUUAAAGACAAAAAAAGACGAAAAAAAAUGUCGGCGGGGCCCUGUGGAUUGCGGCUCGCUCUCUCUUCUCUCUCUCUCUCUCUCUCUCUCUCUCUCUCUCUCUUCUCUCCUGCUUAUGUUAUUACUUAAAAAUUAUUAACAAUGAUGAUUAUUAUUAUUAUGGUUAUUAUUGCUAUUAUUCUUAGUAUUCUUCUUAUUCUUAUUAUUAAUCUAAUUACUGCGAUGAAUGACUUCAUGUUAUCCUUGCUAGUUUAGGUCAUUUCUGAAACUGGAAACAAAAUAGAAAAUCUUGCUGUAAAUGUUUGUUUUUUCUUUUUCAUAAAACUGUUGUGUUUGAAUUAUUUGUACUUUUGAAUGUUGGGACAAUAAAAUGAGGUGUCAAGAA